GUCCCCGAUCUUUUAGAGUCAUGUGCGGCAGACUGAAGUAGUCCCGCUACCCGCCCGGUGCCCCCUAUCCUCUGACCGCCUCCGCUCCUGCCCCAUGGGGGGGAAGCAGAGCUCGGCCUCCCGCUCUCGAGGCCCUUUCCCCGGGGUCUCCUCGGAUGACUCGGCCGUGGCUCCCACCUCUCACUUCGGACAUUACCGGCCCGGGGGCGCCAUGGGACUGCGGAGCCGCUCGGUCAGCUCGGUGUCCGGCCUGGACCCUCCUGCCUCCGGCCUCCCGUUCGGCCUGUACAGGCCUGAGUCCGACAGAGGGGGCAGCUCGGGGGCGGAGGAGGGCCGGGGGGGCCUGUUCCUCGGAUCCAGAGCCUCCCUGACUGACAGCUUGCAGCUGGCCCCAAGAUGGAUCGGGGCCCAAAGCGGGUUCCGCUGCCCCAUUUGCUCCAAGUCGGUGGCGUCUGACGAGAUGGAGAUGCACUUUAUUAUGUGUUUGAGCAAACCGCGGCUGUCUUAUAACGAUGAUGUGUUGACGAGGGAUGCCGGCGAGUGCGUUAUCUGCCUGGAGGAGCUGACCCAAGGGGACACGAUAGCCCGGCUGCCCUGUCUGUGCAUUUACCACAAAAGCUGUAUAGACUCCUGGUUUGAGGUGAACAGGUGUUGUCCCGAGCACCCCUCCGACUGACCCGCGGCCCACCUGGAUGGCUUUCAGGUACGUCGAUGUCCGGCACUUGGGCU